AUAUCAUUAUAUAUUCAAUUACAAGUCAAUUGUAUAUCAACCGCUACUCAAUUGAUAUCACAACUACAUCCACCGAUAACACCAGACCGGCAACAAAACCGCUGCCUCACUGCGGCGACUACCCCGCCGCGCCGCUUUCCCCCACAGCGACUUAUUUCUGCUCCUCCUCCUCCUCCUUCCCUCCUCACCUCUUCACCUCUCCUCCCCUUCACCACCUCUCCUCACCUCUCCUCUCAUGUCCUCCUCCUCCUCCCCCCCGUCGUCCCGCGCGGUCGCCAUCUUCCGCAAACAUGCCUCCGGCCAACUCGACGGCGAGCCUCACAUGACCACCGACGACUUCGUCGCCGCCAUCGCCCCCCCUAACGAGGACUACCACAAAAUCGCCCGCGAGUCCUACGCCGUCCUCUUCUCCGCCGCCGACCGCUCCCAAAAAGGCCUCGUCUCGAUCCAGGACUGGAUCUACUUUGAAAACUUGCUCAAGAAGCCCGACGCCGAAUACCAAAUCGCCUUUCGGCUUUUCGACACCGACGGCAACGGCGUCGUCGACUACGACGAGUUUAUCAGAUACUACAACCAAAACAAGUCCGAUAACUCCUUCCCCUUUGACUGGAACGCGCCAUGGGCUUCUCUCUACUGCGGAAACAAAAACCGUCGUCAUGCUAUGACUUAUGACCAGUUUGCCCAGAUGCUCCGCGGUCUUCAGGGUGAGCGCGUGCGCCAGGUACACCCCCUUUCUCUCUUUCUCCCUUUCUCAAUUACACCUCCCUCUCUCAACUUCUCUGAACUUCUCAUCUAACAGUAUCUAGGCCUUCCACUACUACGACAAAAAAGACACCGGCUUCAUCGAGCCCUGGCAAUUCCAGAAAAUCGUCGAGCAGACCCAAAAACACAAGCUCUCCG